AUGCUCCGAGCAACGGAGGAGGAAGUUCAGAAGCUGCACAAUUUUCCAGUAGGCGUGGGGGGGAUCACGGUGGGCGGAGACAUCUUCACUCCUAACAUUGGACGCUUCUGGGACACGGAGCCUACCCUGAGCUGCAUGUGGGGGCGGAUGGGGAUGGUUCGCAUGCUAAAUGGCAUCUGGAGCGUUCAGUCCGUCGAGGCUCAGUUGGACUGUGGUAUGGAAAUGCUGCGGUUGUGCCGGAGCGAUAAUGUGGGUGUGCGCGGUCUCAUCCCUUCAAUGAUGCUGCGGCUGCACAGGGACCAGGAAUGCUACGAUUUUAUCAAGUGGUGGGCUGUGGUCGCUAAAGAUCCUCAGUAUGAUUUCAGGAAUCUCGACCUACCAUAUCUAGAUAUCAAGGAUGCGGACGUCUUUGAGCCCGUUGAUUUCUGCUUUGGGUACGAUAACCUGAAUCAGAUGGUUGCCUUGAUGCUGCUGAAGGUCAAGCUACUGCUGGACCUCACCGCGAUGCGGACGCUGGAGAAGCAGAUCAAUCGGCUGUAUUGGGAAGUCCACAGGAUAAACAAGUGGAUGUGGAUGGCGCUCAGAGCCCCUGAACACUUCAUUGACAUAUUGCCUCCUGAGUUCUCGCCCGGCAGCAUGCAGGAGAUGAAAUUCACGUUGUCGUGGAGUCUUAACUCGUGGUUGGUGACUCCGGGGACACUCGACUUUAUUCAGAGAAAGAUUGAUGAAGAGAAGGCGAAACAUGAGCAUUACCAAGAACAGAUGUCGAUGAUGGUAGAUUAA